UCAUGUGACCCUAUCUCUUUUCCCCUUUCUCGUUCCUUCCAAUUCUCAUCUCAACUUUCUCUCCUCUGUUAUACAAACCCGCGAAACCAAAAUAAAUAAAUAAAUUCAGUUAUUUUUCCCCUUUAUUCCUUCUUUGAUUCCUUUAUUUGAAUUCCUUAUUAAUAUAAUAAUCUUGCAUAAACCCUAUAAAUCUUCCCAUUUUUUCAAAAAUAAAUCAUACUAAACUUUGAAUUUUCAGAUCUGUUUUUUUUUUUUUUUUUUUUUUCAAUUUUUUUUUUUUUUUGUGUGUGUUUAUCUGCAGAUCUCUCAAAUUUUUUUUUCUGUAUAUCUUGAAUAUUCAGAUUUGGAAUUUUUGGGUUUUGAGCUGCGGAGGUUUUUUCUGGGAUUUGGUUUAGGCUUUUUUUUUGUUUUUUUUUUUUGCAUGUGAGGAGUUGUUUUUUUUUUUUUUUUUUUUUUUAAUUACCUUUAUAUGUUUUUUUUUUAGUUAAUUGUUUGUUGAUUUCCUGAAUAAAUUUGUGCUUGUGGGUGUUUUUGUGUGGUGUUUUUUGGAAUGAUGGUUGUUGAAGAAGCCGUAAAUGUUGAUGGUGCUGAACAGGAGUUACGCAUUGAGAAGGAGGGAUUUAGAAGUUUAGAUGGUGCAGGAUUGGGUAGUUUUGCCAAGGAUUUUGCACCGGAAAAUGUUGAUGAUUUGAAGUGUGUUGAUGGUACUGGACAGGAGGAUUUAUGUGUUUCGAAGGAGGAACUUAGGACUGUAGAUGGUGCAGAAUUGGAUUGUUGUGCCAAGGAUUGUGCACCGGAAACUUGUAUUGUGGUAAGGAGUGUUGAGAUGAUGGAAAUUGAGAAGCCCAGAAAUGUUGAUGAUUCGAAGCGUGAUAGACAAUGGGUUGUAGAUGCUGCUACUGAACUGGAGGAGGUGUGUGUUAAGAAGCAAAAAGUUGAAAGUUUAGAUGGGUUAGAAUUAGAUUGUCGUGCGACUGAUCAGGUCAAGACCUGUGCACCUGAAAGUGUAGGUGGUGUAAAAAUUGAAGGUUGUUCCACAAAUCGCGAACCUGAAACUGUAAAGUUAGAAGGUUGUGCCACAAACCGCGAACCUGAAAAUGUAGAAUUAGAAUGUGCCACAAAUCAUGCACCUGAAACUUUGAACACAGAGGAAACGGAGUGUGGUGAGAAGGAGCCGAAGAAGUUGGAUAAUUGUGAUGACCAGCCAAACCAUGGACCUGAAACUUUAAACACAGUGGAAAUGGAGUGUGGUGAGAAGGAGUCGAAGAAGUUGGAUAAUUGUGUUGACCAGCCGAAUCAUGGACCUGAAACUUUAAACACAGAGGAAAUGGAGUGUGGUGAGAAGGAGCCGAAGAAGUUGGAUAAUUGUGGUGACCAGCCAAAUAAUGCACCUGAAACUUUAAACACGGAGGAAAUGGAGUGUGGUGAGAAGGAGCCGAAGAAGGUGAAUAAUUGUGGUGACCAGCCAAAUAAUGCACCUGAAACUUUAAACACAGAGGAAAUGGAGUGUGGUGGGAAGGAGCCGAAGAAGGUGAAUAAUUGUGAUGACCAACCCGAUGUAAGGAUUGACGUGAAGGAAGAUGAUAUGCUGUCAGAAGUUUCAAAUCCAAAUUUGUCUCCAAGAGAGAGCACUUCAAGUUUACAGACUGCCAGUAGUCAAGGGGUGGAUUUGUUAAGUAAUAAUCAAGGUGUUUCUGGAGACAUUACAUCUUUUUCAUCGGGGAAUUCAAGUGCGGAGGAGAGUGUCAGUGAGGAAGAGCAUAAUCAAAUUGAUGCAUUGAAGGAUGUUGCUAAGUCCUCUGUUGUUCUUGAAAUUCCGGAGGAAUUUAGCACAACUGGUGUCAGGAAGAUCACAUUUAAGUUUAGCAAAAGGAAGGAGGAUUACGAUAAUGCAUCUGCUGCAACUGCUCUGCCUGCGACUGCGGCUGAUGAUGGCUUUUGUGAAGCACAGACAUGGAUUGAGUCUGAUGACAUGAGUGUACAUGGGAUUUCACGCACAAAUGAAGCAUUCUAUCAACACAGAGAUCCUUUUUCACGUCCUGCAAACAUGGAGCUAAAAAUGUCUAAGAAGGUCACUUCUGAUGCUUUACCGACAAAUGUCAAGAAGCUUCUGUCAACAGGAAUAUUGGAAGGAGCAAAGGUGAAGUACAUUUCAACUUCUGGGAAGAAGGAGCUUCUUGGAAUCAUAAAAGAUUACGGCUACUUGUGUGGUUGUUCACUCUGCAAUUUCUCCAAAAUUCUCAGUGCUUAUGAAUUUGAAAUGCACGCUGGGGGCAAGACUAGACACCCGAACAAUCAUAUUUAUUUGGAGAAUGGGAAACCUAUUUACAGGAUAAUUCAAGAGUUGAAGACUGCACCACUUAGUCAACUAGAAGAAGUUGUAAAAGACGUUGCUGGUUCUUCUGUUAAUGAGCUAUAUUUGGAGGCUUGGAAAGCUAAACUACUGCAGCACGAUGAGGUGGCUAGUGCUUACCAAUAUUCUCAUCGAAAGGUUUCAGGGAUGUAUCAUUAUAAGCCAAGUGGUUGCAGUUCGGUGAUGGAAGAUGGCCUUUAUCCAGCUUCAUACUCCUAUAUUGACAACUUCACUCCAAAUCCAUAUAGCUCUAUGGAGAUAGCAGAGUCCUGGAAGCAUGUGGUUAAAAAGCCAAGGUGCAAUUUUUCCAGCUCAACAAUAGAAUCAAAGAAACCUGCUGAAGGUGGCACAAAAAAAAGGGAUAAUGACUUGCACCGAUCACUGUUCAUGCCAAAUGGACUGCCAGAUGGUACUGAUUUGGCAUAUUAUUCGAAGGGGAAGAAAGUUCUGGGAGGCUACAAGCAGGGGAAUGGCAUAGUCUGCAGCUGCUGUGAUACCGAGAUAAGUCCUUCCCAGUUUGAGUCUCAUGCUGGAUGUGCAGCUAAACGUCAACCCUACCGUCACAUCUACACAUCCAAUGGACUUACCCUACACGAUAUAGCAUUAAUGCUGGCAAAUGGUCAAAGUAUAGCUACCAAUAACAGCGAUGAUAUGUGUACAAUAUGUGGCGAUGCGGGAGAACUGAUUUGCUGUGAAGGUUGUCCUCGGGCUUUUCAUGCAGCUUGUUUAGGUCUACAAUGUACCCCGACUAGUGGUUGGCUCUGCUCAUAUUGUCGAGACAACUUUGUUCCUGGUAGGAGAACUGCUGGAGAUGCAGGACCAAUUAUGAUACGGUUGACAAGAGUGGUUAAAGCUCCAGAAUCUGAAGGUGGUGGGUGUGUUGUUUGCAGGACCCCGGACUUCAGCGUUUCCAAAUUUGAUGAUCGAACAGUUAUGCUCUGUGACCAGUGUGAGAAGGAAUACCAUGUUGGGUGUCUACGGGAAAGUGGGCUGUGUGAUCUGAAAGAACUCCCAAAGGAUAAAUGGUUUUGUUGCAAUGACUGCCAUAAAGUUUAUGUGGUACUUCAGAAUUGUGUUCUGAAGGGAGCUGAGGUCAUUCCAGCUCCUGCAGCAGCAGUAGUAACUAAGAAGCAUGUACAGAAUUGUUUAAUGGAUACAACUACAAAUGACAUUCAGUGGCGUAUCUUAAGUGGGAAGAGUCGCUUCACAGAGCAUCUGCCUCUUCUUUCCAAUGCAGCAGUAAUCUUUAGGGAGUGCUUUGAUCCCAUUGUUGCUAAAUCUGGACGAGAUCUUAUACCUGUUAUGGUUUAUGGGAGAAACAUAUCAGGUCAAGAAUUUGGGGGAAUGUAUUGCGUCGUUUUGAUUGUAAAGUCAGUAGUUGUAUCAGCUGGUCUUCUCAGGAUUUUCGGGCAAGAGGUUGCUGAACUUCCUUUGGUGGCUACAAGUAGACAAAACCAAGGCAAAGGUUAUUUCCGGGCGUUAUUUGGAUGUAUUGAGAUUCUAUUAUCUUCGAUGCAUGUUAAAACCCUGGUACUGCCUGCUGCUGAGGAGGCUGAAUCCAUCUGGACAAAUAAACUGGGUUUCAGAAAGAUGACUGAUGAGCGCUAUCGGAAGUAUUCUAGAGACUUCCAGUUGACAAUAUUCAAGGGGACAUCAAUGUUGGAGAAGGAAGUGCAGCAGACAGCUUAGGAAUUGUAAUUCAUCUUUGUGGAGAACGUGCACUAGGAGCUAGAUUGCUACAUUUCUUGCACGCACUCUUAUUUAAGAGGGGAGAGAGACGUCUUAUAAUAAAUGAUCUGAAAUAGCGCUGGAAAUAGAGAAUGAGGUGCUUCUCAUUGCUGAAAAAUCUUUUCUUUGAUACCUAGAACAUCCAAAAUGCUGAUGAAUUUGAGUUUCAAGGUGAUUAAAUAGUACACGAGGCGAGGUGUUUCAUAUGGAGGUACAUCAAGUUGAUGACGGACCUUAUGAGGAUGAUCGUAGAUGCAAGGACGUGUAUUUCUUAGUCGUUAUAUACUGCUAUGUUUUCAUAAAGGUAGUAGUGGGUUUUAUAGAUCAGUUUUAAUGGACAAGUAUUCCUUAUUCGUUCAUCGCUAUGUUUUCAUAAAGUCGUCGUGGGUUUUAUUGAAUAGUUUUGAGCUGAUGUAUAAAAGAGCAGCCGAGGAACUGCUCUUCUGAAGUCCUUGAGGCAUGCUGACCUUUUAUAAUGCGUGCGUGGGGCAAAUGUUUUUUACCCCUUUCUUUUCGUUUUGGUAUUGUACAUUUGCAGUGCAUACAGAAAAUUUUGCCAGAAAGUAAUGUAGGGAUAUAUCUUAUACAGGACCAUAA